AUGCAGGCGAUGCAGCCGUGUGCUGUCUCGCAGAAGAAGAGGAAAAACGCCGCCUCUGAAACAGCAGAUGUCUCUGCUGCCAAGCGCGCGCAAGCGAGGUCUCCAAAACCAGAGAGGCGAGGAGGCUGGCGUGGCAGCACGCCUCCAGCCACUGGCGCUCGCUCAGGUGUAUGCACAGGUGCCCUCCGCCUACGGGGUGUCGCGGAGGCCUCGCGAAGGCGGUCCUUGCUCGGGGGAUCGACCCCCUCGCCAUCGCUGCUCCUGCGCAGACAGAUCCUUCUUCCAGAAGGCGCGACGCCACCACGUCAUACACCACGCACUGGCUGCAGUCCGACAAAAGGGCGGCUAAAGACUGCCGCCGAUGCAGAUGCUCGGAGUCGCUGUCGCGAGGCAGAAGCAUCGAUUUCUGCUGCUGCCACGGGGGCAGCAGCCGCUGCAGGGUGCUCUGCGCUUGCUGGCAGUAGCGGCGGAGAGAGAUCUGGAUGCGCUGCUGCAGAUCCUGCAUCAGAGGCCUUUCCGUGCAUGCGUCUGAACGCGUCGUCGCACUGCAAGUGCCCCUCUCGGAGAGCAGGUACAGCACCUCUCCCUGGGAAAGCGUUCGGGGAACGUACAGCUGUUGCAGCGGCAGAAAAGUCGGCAGGAGGGCGCGAAAGGGGCCUCUGA